AAACCAUACACAAAUGUCAUGGAAACAAAGUUAAACUUGCUAAUCAACAUGAGUCAAAAGUAUGGUGAUUUGAAAGGGAAAGGUCCAGAAGAUCAUGAAGAGAAUCAGGACUUUGAUAGUGAUAACAAAACGGUGUUUGGGGAUCAAGCAGCCACUUUAACAUACCUAAGAGAUGAAGGUGUAUUGGAAGGUAGUACUGUUUUUGAUGGUGAUGAUAAUCAUUUAAAAGUUGAAACUCAACAUCACAGAAGUUUUUCAAACGAUCGUCAUUUGAAAACCCAGAUCUCGCAAUUACAAUAUAAUAACAAUCGUAUUGCAUUGGAUAGAUCAAUUUCCAAUACAGUUCAAAUUUUGGGUGAAUUACAAGUUGAAAAUAAAGAAAGACCAUUGUUUUAUCCAACUAAUGAUUUGCCAAACGAAUUACUGAAUAGUAGAAAAGCACAUCUAGCAUUGAUAAGAAAAAAUUCGGUACAGACUGUUAAAUCAAUUGCAAAAGAAAUUGCUGAUGAAGUUGAGAAUUCAGAUUCACCAGAAUUGAAAAUUUUAAAACUAAAUGUUAAGUUGGAUAAUAAUCAAAUAUCAAAAUUGGAUAAAACUGCUAUUGGUCAACUACUAGAUGAAAAAAUCUUCCAGGUUAGUAAACAUUUAUUAUCAUUAAAAGAUAGAAUUGAUGAUACUUCCUCAAAAGUUUUCGUUACUGGUGAUUUAAAUUCAGGAAAAUCAACAUUUUGUAAUGCAUUAUUAAGAAGAAAAGUGUUACCUGAGGAUCAACAACCUUGUACUUCGGUGUUUUGUGAAGUUAUUGAUGCUAGAGAAAAUAAUGGUGUUGAAGAGGUCCACGCAGUUCCAAUCGGUAGUACUUAUGAUAUUAAGAAUGAAUCUACUUAUAAGAUUUUCCAAUUGAAAGAUCUAGAAGAACUAGUUUCUGAAUGUGAUAAUUAUGCUAUCUUGAAAGUUUAUGUCAAUGAUAGAAGAACUAUUGAUCAAAGUUUGUUAAGAAAUGGCGUUGUCGAUAUUGCUAUCAUUGAUGCUCCUGGUUUAAAUCUUGAUUCUUAUCAAACAACAGAAGUGUUUUCAAGACAAGAGGAAAUUGAUUUGGUUGUUUUUGUUGUUAGCGCGGAGAACCACUUUACCUUAUCUGCUAAGGAAUUUAUUGCCACUGCUGCUAACGAGAAAAAGUUAAUAUUCAUUGUCGUCAAUAGAUUUGACAACAUUAAGGAUAAGAACAAAUGUAUGAAUAGAAUCUUGGAUCAAGUUCAAAGAUUAUCCCCAGAUACACAUAAGGAUGCUAGGGAAUUUGUUCAUUUUGUUUCCUCGAGUGAUGUUGUUGACCAUUUACCAAAUGAUAACGGCGAAGAUCCAGGUGUUGGUGGCAGUGGUGAUGGUGACGGUAAUGGUGCACCAGAUGAUAAUAUCCAUCCAGACUUUGAUCACCUUGAAAAUAGUUUGCGUAACUUUGUGCUACAAAAAAGAGCUCUUUCCAAAUUACAACCUGCAAAAACUUAUUUGAGUAAAUUGUUGAAUGAUAUUGAAGCUUUAUCAACAAUCAACCAGAAAAUGUAUUUUAAUGAUAGGGAUGAGAUGGUUGAUAAGUUGAAUGAAAUUGCUCCUCAGUAUGAAGAAGGUUUAGUGCAAAGUGUCAAAGUUAAUGAAAAAAUCGAAAGUUUAAUAGAAAAAACAUCACAAACCGUGUAUGAUUUCACUAAAAAUAAUAUCAACUCAACUUUGGAAACUGUUGGUGAUCAUCCAGUUGUUCAAUAUAAGGGUAUUCUUAACAUUGUUGAGUAUACAGUUGAAACUCAACGUGCAAUUACAAAGAAGAUAUUGGAUUCCGUUAGUUCUAGUGAAGAUUUUGCUCGUAAAAGAACAAUUGAAACAAUUGAUUCCAUCAAAGGCUUAGGUAAGAGCGCAUUAGGGGAAGCAUAUAAUAGUGAUAAAGUUUUCAGAGAAGAAUUUAUGUUUAGCAGACGUAAAGAUACAAUCAGCAGAAAUUUGGAUGAAUCUAUAACAUUUUUUGAUUUCUUUGAUCCUUCUUUUGAAAGUUUCCUAACUGUUUUCGGUGUUAAUGAAAAGACUAAAGAUCAAGCUAUUUUGUGGAAAAAUUCAUUCUAUUCUAUUGGUUUGUAUGCGGCAUCUGGUGCUUUAACAACAGGGUCUAUAAUUAAGGGUGUCUUUCAAUAUGGUUCAUUAUUUUCAUUGAAAACCUUACGUUUUUUGGUACUUCCUCUUUCUAUAGGUGUUGGUGUUGUCUCAUUAACCUAUUUGAUUGUGGAUAUUCCUAGAGCGUUACCAAGAAAGUUGGCUAAAAAGAUCAAACAUCAAGUUAAAGAGCUCGAUUAUCCACAUCAAAAUUCUGACAGAAUUGCUAAAGAAUGCAGAAAAGUGUUGAAAUAUCCCGCAAGAGAAGUUCAAAAUGCUUUCCAAACUUCAUUGGACAAACAUGCCGUCAAGAAGGAAAAAAUCAUGAAGGCUAUCAAAGAUGCUGAUGUUGCAUCUGCAUUUUUUGGUAAACUUUUGAAAAGAACAAUGGACCAAAGGAAACUUGUUGAAAGCUUUGACUUGGAAUCCAUCUCAACUGUCGAAUGAUCCACUUAUUUUUAAUAACUUGUACAUAUUAAUUA